AUGGUGGUCACUGGUUUUGGCAAGAGCAGUGUCAAUGGUUCCCUCCUGCCAUCAAUACAAAACAGUGGAACUCCGUCUCCCAUAGACUGCAGAAUGAGCCAGUGGAGUGAGUGGUCUCAGUGUGACCCUUGCCUCAAACAAAUGUUCCGCUCAAGGAGCAUUGAGGUCUUUGGCCAGUUUCAUGGAAGGAAGUGCUUGGACUCGGUGGGAGACAGACGACAGUGUGUAUCCACGGAGCCUUGUGAAGACGCUGAGGAUGACUGUGGAAAUGAUUUUAAAUGUGCCACAGGAAGGUGCAUAAAGAGGCGGCUCCUGUGUAAUGGUGACAAUGAUUGUGAAGACUUUUCGGAUGAAGAUGAAUGUGAAAAUGAGCCCCAACUCCCCUGCCGUGACAAAGUGGUGGAAGAGUCUGAGCUAGCACGAACAGCAGGUUCUGGGAUCAACAUUUUAGGAAUGGCUCCCCUAACCACACCUUUUGACAAUGAAUUCUUCAACGGCCACUGUUACCGAGUUAGAGACGGGAACACCUUGACAUACUACCGGAGACCCUGGAACGUGGCUGUUUUGACUUAUGAAGUCAAAGCUGAUAAAAAUUUCAGAACGGAGCAUUUUGAAGAACAGUACCAAGCAUUCACAACUGUCAUCCAACAGAAGACAUCAACUUUCAAUGCAGAUUUCUCUCUCAAAUUCAUGCCAACUGAGAUCAUUGGCAAGACUAAAAACAAACCUGACAAACAUGCUAAUGGAAAAAAUACUCAAAAUCAUAAUAAUGGAAGGAUUGCCUCUCAGUUUAACUAUUCCAAAAAUGAAUCUUACCAACGGUUCUUGUCAUAUUCUUCACUAAAGGAAAAAAUAUUUCUGUAUGUGAAAGGAACAAUUCAGACGGGAAGAUUUGUGAUGAGAAAUCGGGACAUCAUGCUUACAACAACUUUCCUGGAUGAUAUAAAAGCUCUGCCAACUAACUAUGAAAAGGGGGAAUAUUUUGCAUUUUUGGAAACCUAUGGAACCCACUACAGUACUUCUGGCUUUCUAGGGGGAGUUUAUGAGCUAAUUUAUGUUUUGGAUAAAGCUUCCAUGAAGGAGAAAGGUGUUGAACUAAAAGAUAUACAGAAAUGCCUUGGGUUUAAUAUGGAUUUGUCUAUAUACAAGGAAGAUGGGCUUACAGCACACAUUGAUAAGAAAAAUUGUUUAAAGAUGGUUGGAAAUAGAAUUGUAAACAUGACUCAAGAUAACCUCAUAGAAGAUGUCGUUUCAUUCAUAAGAGGAGGAACCACAAAAUAUGCAUUUGCAUCAAAAGAAAAGCUUCACAGCACAAUCACUAUGACUGAUCUGACAGACUUUGUAAACUGGGCCAAUUCCCUAAAUGAUGCUCCGGUGCUCAUAGACCAAACUCUAUCUCCUAUAUAUAAUCUAGUUCCCGUGAAAAUGAAAGAUGCACACCUAAAGAAACAAAAUCUGGAACGAUCCAUUGAAGACUAUAUCAAUGAAUUCAGUGUGCGGAAAUGCCACCCAUGUCAAAAUGGGGGCACUGUGAUACUGCUGAAUGGACAAUGUUUGUGCACCUGCCCACUGGCAUUUAAAGGACUUGCCUGCGAAAUAAAGAAACAGUAA